AUGUCUCACCCUUCAUACUUGGCCGCGUUACCCGCCUGGUUCCCCGCGUCCCAAUCCAGUCAUCAGGCAGCUCCAGCAGUUGUUCUGCAUCGUCACGCUGGAAAUCCGUCGUUGGCUACCGCCCAGGAUUCUUUCGGUCGGUUCCUUGACUCGGGCGAUGUCUUCCAACAAGGCUUCACGCACCAUGCCUAUCUUCUAGUCCAGACAUCGGACAGCGCGAACUACCUCAAGGCGAAAUCUUUGGUUCUGUGCUUUGUAGAGCAUUUGUCUGUCCUCAAAGGCCCUUAUUUGGUCGUGGGCAAGGAGAUUCACCAAGCAUGGCCUCUUUUCCCCGAUCAGCUGGGUGCAUUCGCUACCUCUGUCGUCCCUGAUGACACAACCCCUGUGACCGAGAAGGGCUCAUGGCGCUUCGUUUCAUUGCAGAACUCGGGCUUCUCCGGCGCAGAUGCCGCAGUUGCUGUUCCUUCUCGGCUCUACUUCAUGGAGAGCGAGGACAAGCCUCUCAACGGCAGACGCAUCUCUGUGAAAGACAAUAUGUACCUGAGUGGCGUGGUGACAGGCCUGGAAAACAAAGCCUGCGCUGAGCUCUACGGCAAACAGGCCAAAUCGUCCAAGUUGAUAGACUUACUCGUAACCCAGGGAGCCAUUGUGUUCGGCAAGACUAAGCUGUCUGCGUUUGCGAGAUCUGAAGUUACGCUGUGUCGGACUAGCCACGGCGUCUGGGGUCUCAAGGCUUCCUGGAACAGCCUUCCGAUGGAGGGCACUGUCCGUGCCUGCGACAUGUUCGACACUUUUGGGCUUUUAGGACGAACCACCGUCUCAAUAUGCGACAUUCUCAUCGCGUUAGGUGUCACCCUGUGGCCGAACAAUGCAAUCUCCAAUGAAACCCAGCAGCGCAUGAACGAGGCCCUUUUUGAGGCACUGGAGACGUACCCAGGCGUAAAGCGUACGAAAUUCUCGAUUGAACAGGAAUGGUCACGCACCGCGCCAGAUCAUCUACGCAGCAGAACUGUGCUUGAAGUUGAAGAAAUGGCAUAUGCUCUCAACGGCUACGAUAACUGGGAUAGCUUCGAUGACUUCCGAUCUCAGUACCAGGAGAGAUUUCAGAAGCCGCCGUACGUGAGUCCAUCGCAUACGUCUAGGUGUCUUCAAAAAUGGGCGUUUAACAACAUCUUUUCAGUCGACGAGAACGGAGACUGCAGCACAAUUAUUCUCGUGCCGCAUAGCCGACCCGGCGCAACCUAUCGCGAUACCCAGCCAGAGCCACAGAAGGGAAACAACAAACCGCCUCCGACCAUAAGCCCGAUCUUCAUCGCUUCAAUGCUCGGUGGACCACAGCUCCUUAUACCCGUGGGCCAGGAGACUCUGGAGAAGGCAGGCUGGCCGACCACAGUAGUGACGGGGAGGUUCAUGUUUGAAGUUGGUGACAACAAGAGAAAUACGGCAGAUCUGACUACUGAGUCAAAGUUGAGAAGACAAGGCAGCGAACCAAUGAGCCAAUCUUUUAGAGGAGGACGAUGCUGGGUCUCUACGUUGCACAUUUUCUUUUUAUAA